AUGGUGUGGGGUGGCAUUCAUCAUGGUGGCAAAACAGAGCUUUUCGUGACGGAAGAAAACGUCAACGCCGCCGUGUCUCUGAAUAUUUUACAGGAACACUGCUUGCCACAUGCAAGACAAGUCUACGGUAACAACUUUCAGCUUCAAGACGACAAAGCCAGGCCACACAGGGCCAAGUUAGACAAUUUCUUUGAGAUGAGGGUUUGGAGCAGCUCCCAUGGCCAGCUUGUUCGCCUGACACGAAGCCCCAUCGAGCAUGCCUGGGAUCAGCAUGGCGGUACGAUCAAGGACCGGGACAAUGCACCUCAAACCCUGCAAGAAUUGGCACAGGCUCUGAGGGAAGAGUGGGACGCUAUGCACGUUGACGUCAUCAACAACCUCGUUGAUAGCAUGCCACGGCGUCUCCUUGCCUUCAUUUGUGCCAGAGGUGGUCACACACGUUACUAA